CUCAUUCCGGACUCCACACAAGGAGGGCAAAGGGGUCUGUCAUCUCUUAAGCAACAGGAAUCCAGAGGGUGAUGGUGAAGCAAACUGAUGCAUGCAGUCCCUCAGAGUCUGAAUAUAUACAAGUGUAGAGACUGAAUGAUCAUGUGGACAGUAGUAACCAUAUAAUGGCAUUGGGACCUCCUACCUAAAGGGGGAAAUAUUUCACCUGUCUGUCCCCGUCCAACGGGUAUUCAGAGCUUGUAAGUUGAAAACCGGUUUAGAGGAAUGACUCUUUGCAGUUUACUAAUUCACUUGAAGAUUUCUUGGCCACUUGCAGCCACCACCUCAGUGUAUCCUCUCCACUGUUGACAAAAGGUGGUGAGAGAUCUGAGCUUGUAUACACUCAGUACUUUCCUGCUUCCAUUCGCCACUUCAAGCUUCCUGUUGCUAGAAAUCCCGCUAAAAUGACCACAGACUGUGGUGAGAAAUCCACAGGGGACCUCAUGAGUAGGUAUGUCUCCAAGGAAAUGGGAUAUGGAGUACCCAAGGAGGGCUGGCGAAUCUGUCUGGCACACGAGUUCAAGGAGAAGAGAAAGCCCUUUCAAGCAAAAGAUGUCUCGCUGUCCAACGUCUGGGACCACAUCGGCCUAGGAAUCAGGUAUCUAAAAUGGUGGUACAAGAAGACCCAGGUGGAAAAGAAGGCUCCGUUCAUUGAUAUGUUUGGUGCUCAACCCUUGCGUCAAAUAUAUGGUGCACCACUUGGCGGUAUCGGAGGAGGAACCAUCACAAGAGGCUGGAGGGGAGAGUUCUGCAGAUGGCAGCUCAGGCCUGGAAUGUACCACUACAAAACUGUCACAGCCAACCAGUUCACAGUUUGUUUACGUCGUGGGGGACAGACAGUUUACCAGCAGGUGCUAUCUGUAGAGCGUCCUCCCACGUUACAAGGCUGGAACUGGGGAUACUGCGGCGAGUACGCAUUCUACCACGCCUUGUACCCCCGAGCCUGGACUGUCUACCACCUGCCAGGACAGAACGUCACACUAACCUGCAGACAGGUUUCCCCUGUCAUCCCCCAUGACUACCAGGACUCCAGUCUCCCUGUGGCUGUAUUUGUGUGGGACAUAGAGAACAAGAAUGACUACGACCUGGACGUCUCCAUCAUGUUUACCAUGGUCAACGGCUCAGGUCACAAAGACGACAAGAGCGGGGGACACUGGAAUGAACCAUUCCACCUGGAGAAGGAGGGGGAGGCGGUGUCUGGGGUCUUGCUACAUCACUGCACCACAGUGAACCCUUACACUCUGUGCAUUGCAGCUCGAGAGCAGCCUGACAGGGAGGUCAGUCACCAGACAGCGUUCAGUCCAAAGGGAACCUGCAGCGGUCUGUGGAGUGACCUCAUCACUGAUGGACGACUGGACUCUCCUACAGGUUCCAGCCCUCCGACGCCCAAGGGAGAGAAGGUGGCAGCAGCGUUGGCUGUUGGCUGCUCGGUGCCGGCUCAGGGCCACAACACCCUAGAAUUUUGUCUGACCUGGGACAUGCCCAAAAUCACCUUUGGCUCGAAGGAGAGGGAACACAUCAGGAGAUACACUCGUUACUUUGGGACCAAAGGGGAUGCGUCCCCCUCUCUCAGCCACUAUGCCCUAACACACUACAGACAGUGGGAGAAGAGCAUUGAGGAGUGGCAGAGACCAGUUCUGCAGGACAGUUCUCUCCCCUCCUGGUAUAAAUCUGCCCUGUUCAACGAGCUGUACUUUGUGGUGGACGGAGGGACGGUGUGGACGGAGCUACCAGAGGACGCUGAUGUCAGUGGCGGUGUGCGCAGCGAGGAUGGGGGGCUUCCAGCUCAGCCUGCCAUCAUCAAGGAGUACGGCCGUUUUGCCUACCUAGAAGGUCAGGAGUACAGAAUGUACAACACAUAUGAUGUUCACUUCUACGCCUCCUUUGCACUUAUCAUGCUGUGGCCCAAACUUGCCUUGAGUGUGCAAUAUGAUAUUGCCGGCAGUGUGGUUCAGCAGGACCCAACAGAGAGGCUCCAUCUGAUGAGUGGGCGGUGUUCUCCGGUCAAGGCCAAAAAUGUGGUGCCUCAUGACAUCGGAGAUCCAGAUGAUGAGCCAUGGCAGAGGGUGAAUGCCUACCUCAUUCAUGACACUGCAGACUGGAAGGACUUGAACCUGAAGUUUGUCCUGCAGGUUUACAGGGAUUUUCAUCUCACCCAGGACAGGCAGUACCUGCGGGACAUGUGGCCCAUCUGCCAGGCGGUGAUGGAUUCAGAGCUAAAGUUUGACCUGGAUGGAGAUGGACUAAUAGAAAACUCUGGAUAUGCUGACCAGACCUAUGACGGUUGGACAGUGACUGGACCAAGUGCAUACUGUGGUGGGCUGUGGUUGGCGUCCCUGUGUGUGAUGUGUAAAAUGGCUAGACUGGUGGACAACGAGGAGACGAACCAGCGUUUCAGAGACCUCUUGGACAGAGGCAGUGCUGCUUUUGACAAGCUGCUGUGGAACGGGAAGUACUACAACUAUGACAGCAGUGGGAGAGACCUCUCUAACAGUGUCAUGUCUGACCAAUGUGCUGGCCACUGGUUCCUGAGAGCGUCUGGGCUGGGCGAGGGAGAAUACCAGGCUUUUCCAAAAGAAAAAAUCCAGAGCGCCCUAAAAUCUGUCUUUGACUUGAAUGUAAUGAGCUUUGCCGGAGGCCAAAUGGGGGCAGUUAACGGCAUGCGUCCUGAAGGAGUGCCUGACCGCUCCAGCGUCCAGUCAGAUGAGGUCUGGAUUGGAGUGGUGUAUGGAUUGGCAGCCACUAUGAUCCAUGAGGGUAUGCGGGAGGAGGGUAUGCGCACGGCCGAGGGUUGCUACCGAACUGUGUGGGAGAGACUGGGCAUGGCGUUCCAGACUCCUGAAGCCUACUGCGAGAAGGGCAUCUAUCGCUCUCUGGCCUACAUGAGGCCUCUGAGCAUCUGGGCUAUGCAGCUAGCACUGGACACUUCUCAGAAGGAUCAGACCACAUCAGCUCAAACCAGAGACAUGGACGGGGAGCAGGGACAGAAUCUGAGAGAAAAUCAAAGCUAGGACUCGAAGCAUCAAACUGGUUUGAUUAGAGAGUUACGACGAGUUCCUUUGAAAAUGACCUCCAAACACUUCUGCAGCCACCACUCUCAUCUGCACUCCUACCCCGCAGGGCUCUGUUUGACUGGUUACAGACCUUGAAUUUAAAUUCUCCACUGUUUGAGGCUUGGCAUCAUAACUGUGAUGGUUAAUGCUUAACGAAGUAAGUAGAUACUGUAGAUCAUGAUAUUUUUUAGGUGAACAGUUUUCAAGAGCCUAAAAUAGUUCCUGAGGUGUGCAGUGUUGGGUGGUAGCCAGGCAGAAUCAUAGCCAGUAUGAACUAAUUAUUAAAAAUUGACCUUGUGUUUCAGCAACAUACUGUAUUGUCUAUUUGCCCAGAUGUACACACACAUGCAAGCACUACAUUUAACAAUUUACAAUCAUGUUAAUAAUAAAGUUUGCGUACUUGCAACAGGUUUAUAUGCUAAAUAUCUGAGGACUGUUGUUUGUUAUUAUACCAGCCACAUGUAGUUAUUGUCUUUAAUUGAGUAUAUCAGAGGGCCGGUGAGUGAAGUCAGAUGUGGCUGAUUACUGGAUCAGAUAUAUAGACACUUGAAGAGUCCCCACUUAUAUUUGAAUGCUGUAAUAAGUGAUGUAUUAUGUGAUGAGUAGUGUUGGAAAUUAAGAAUCAAGUCAGAUUUUUUUCUCUCUCUUUUUUUUAAAGAUAGCAUUUGGUGCCUUGUUGCAUGUUAGCCUGUAUCUACAGUAUAUAAAUGUAGCGGCAACAUUUACUAUGUUUUAUAUGAUCCAAUACUCAUGACAAUCAUGCUGAAUAAAUGACUGAAUAAGAUAUAACUGGA